AUGCUGGCCGCCGCCCUCGUGGGCUCGCGCCGCCGGGUGCUGCCCGCCGCGGCCGCAGUCGCCCCCGCCGCAGGCGGGGCGCCGCUGGCGGCCACCCCGCGCGCGACCCUGGUGAGCCGGCGCUGGGGCCACGGCAUAAAGGCUCCAGGGGUGCCGUGGACGGUCUACCACCCGCACAUCCUGGAGCCGGAGAGGAAGGUCCAGAUCAAGGGCCAGCUCGAGGGGCCAGCCCGCUACGUCCCGAAAAAUUUUCGGCACCAGCAGUACGUGGAGUCCAUCCGCACGGGCGAGUACCUAGGUCCUGAUUGGCCGUACAACUUCCUCCCCAAGACGUUCUGGAGCCAGAGACGCUACAACGUCAGCUACAACCCGAUCCCGCCGGACAUGUCGCCGGCGACUGGGGUGCUUUUCGUGCCUAGGCUGAACAUCUGGACCGUGGAGUGGCACGAGCAGGAGAAGCAGCGCAUCCGCUGGUUCCGCUGCCAGUACGGGUUCAUGAAGGGCAAGCAGCACGCGGAGUCGUUCCGGCGGGCGCUCGUGCAAGCAUCUCCAUUUCUUGGUACCGUACGGGUGGCGGGCGGCAUGGCAGCACUGCGCGUCGCCCUCUGCUCGCUGCUGGCGGCCGCGCGCGGGGCCCAGCUGCUCGACGACGCGGUGGGCCUCGUGCAGUCCUCGCAGCAGUGGCACUCGUGGAACAGCAGAGCCUCGAUCGACAAGGAAUCCGUGAUCGACGACCUGCUCCCCCGCCGCCAGGUCCAGUGGCACUCGUUCGACUCCGUGGGCCCCGUGGGGCACGACACGGACAUGGCCGUCACUGCCGACAAGGGCACCGCCCUGAUCGACGAGAGCCCCGUGGCGGCCGCCCCCGCCGCCCCCGCCCUCGAGGAGAGACGGGGGCUGCCAGGGAGGCCCGGCCCGAGGCCCAGGCCCUGGGCGCCACUGGCGCCGCUCGGCGCAGCCGCGUCGCCACGCGGGCCGUCACGGAAGCCGUGGCCAGGACCACCGGAGGGGGCCAGCUGCCGCGGCCAAGGUCAAGGCCCAGGCCCUCGAGAGGUCCAGGAUGACCGAGGCUGCCGGCAACGCGACCCUGGGCCAGUGGGCGCAGAAGUGGCGCAAGGAGGGGUACGCCAGUUGGGCGGACUGGAAGGCCCACAAGAAGGACGGAGAGGGCAGAAGCAGCUCGAGGCCCUCGGUAGCGUCUUCAACGAGAAGGACGCCGACGAGGCGGCGGCGGCGGUAGAGAGCCUCGCAUGGCCGGCCCACGAGAGGCUUCCCAAGCCGGCGAUCAUCACCAUGCUGAAUAGGGCGCGCCUCGGCAAUCGCCUCUUCCAGUGGUCGGCGCUGCUGGCCAUUGCGAAGGAGGCGGGCGCGCGCGUAGCGGCUCCCGCGAACGGCAGGUACACGCCCACCUCGACCCCGCAGAUCGCCAACCUCGAGGAGCUGAUCUGGUCGGGCGAGGAGAUGGACUGGCUGAACGAGCAGCCCAACAAGUGCCACAUGUGGGACAGGGACUCCCCGCUGACGCUCGACCUCGGCAUGGAGAAGCUGCAGAACUGGACGCUCGCAAACGUCCCCAAGGGUGAGACGCACGUUAAGGCCGCGGUGCAGCCGAAGAGGGGAGAGAACUGGGCGCGCCUGUGGGCGGACGCCAUCCUGGACGCGCCGACCACCGAGACCGGCAGUUGCGACGUCGUCGAGCUGGACGGGUUCUGGCAGCGGGCGGAGUUCUUCGUGCACCACCUGGACUGGCUGCGGCCGACCUUCUGGAACUCUUGGAACGCGGAGACUGCCGGCGUGGCCAAAGAGACAUUGGACGGUUGGCUGAGCGAGACGGGUGUCGUGGGCGCGGUAGUGGGUGUGCACCUGCGCCUUGGGGACUAUCCGGUUGCCUGCGGCAGGAACCUGAACAUGGAUUACUACAGGGACGGGCUGCUGGAGGUGAAGCGGCACCGCAACGUGGACGAGCUCACGUGCGUCAUCUUCUCGGACGACAUCAACUUGGCGCGUGAAGUCGCCGAGGAGCUGGAACCGUGCACGAAGCGCAUCCCGGUGUACCCCUGCGCCGAACUCAAGCAGGGAACCCAUUGCUGGGCAUCUCAGCGUAUCGUGACCGACAAGGUGAGUUUCUACAUGAUGAGCUUGAUGCCCAACAUCAUCAUCGCUGACUCCACCUACUCCUUCUGGGCCGCCGUCCUGGCCCCCAACAAGCCGAUGGUGGUCACCCCGAGGGUCGUCGAGCCCGCACGCAUCGCUCGACGAGGCGACUACUCGUACUUGGAUUCCGAGCUGUACGGCUGGUGGGGCGUCAACGCUUCCCUCGGCAACCACACCAGCAAGGCCGUCCAGAAGGCACUGGAGCAUAUGUCUUGCCCAGGGCACCCCACAGCCCACUCCCUCCUUCCACCCUCUCCCUCGUCCUGCUUCCUCUUCCACUCAAUUGUCCGUCGUCGUGUCGUAGAUCGUCCUCGCCGUGCCCCUACGCACCUGCGCGCGAGGCCAACUUAGAAUCCGAGAAUUCUAGGGCCUUCCCGCCUCCUCCUCCUCCCCGUCCCUCCCUUCUGUCUCCCUCCAUUCUCGAACACUUGGGCCGUUUUUGUUUCCCCCCUCUUCGCCCACGAAGAGAAGGCGCUGGAUGAGAAGCUGAAGCUGGACCAUGAGGGGGCCUCUCGCUGGCUGGCCGCGGGCGAGAAGUGGAAGAUCCUGCAGGAGGAGGAGUACCUCAGCCAGGUCCGGGAGAGCGAGUGGGGCGCCUGAGCGGGGCCGCCGCCGCGGCCGCUCGCGCCGCGCCGCGCCGCGUGCGCGCGCGCGAGGCCCCCUCGUGCUCGGGGGAGGCCUCCCGGGGCCCCUUCGGGGUCCUUGCCGGAGGCCCUUCGGGGUGCCUUCGGGGGCCUUGCUUGGCGGCCUUCGGAGGAGGCCUCCGCGGGCGGAGCCGCCGCCGCGGCCGCUUUUGUUACUGCACGCUCCUCAAACCCGCGAGCGCCGAGCGGGGACACGAGGAGCCGUUCUGUACAUGUGUCUCCC